UUAGCGCUCAAGUGACCGCCCUCCCGUGCCGGUCCGCCGCCCGCAACAAUUCUGUCAUACAAACUCCUGCGCUCCGACCAAGGGUGCUCUGAUUGGGCACGAAACUUUCUCGCACUGAUCCUUGGAACUCCUCGGUUGAGGCAUUGUGGGGAAAUCAAUUACCGCUUAGGAGACGACGUUGACUUGUGUUUUGUUGGCUGACACGACUCUCUUGCAUAUGUACGCCCUGUCAAGAUGACUAGCUCCGGUGACGCAGGCCCUGGUACGGCUUCCCUAUUCCAUGAGGAUAUAUCUCCUGAUUUUAAAUAUCGCAACCAGGUUCAUCACCUGUUCUGUUUUCCUCAAUGAACUCAUGUGAUGUCGAAUUUUGUCUUGUGUGAGGACUGACUCAUACCAAUUGCUCAGAUAUGAGGGUGUCGAAACGGCUCACCGUCGUUAUAAAGCUUGGAACCAGCUCUAUUGUCGAUGAGAAGACCCACGAGCCACUACUACCCAUCCUCAGUCUCAUCGUAGCUACCGCAGUCAAGUUACGAAAAGAUGGCCACCGCGUUAUCAUCGUGUCUUCGGGCGCUAUCGGGGUUGGACUCCAGCGGAUGGAUGUGGAAAAGAAGCCUAAACAUCUUGCCCAACUACAGGCAUUAGCAGCCAUCGGUCAAUGUCGGUUGAUCAGCCUGUGGGAUCAGCUGUUCGGCCACUACCGCCAACCAGUGGCCCAAAUAUUGCUCACGAGAAAUGACAUUGCAGAUCGGCAAAGAUAUCUUAAUGCUCAAACGACGGUCAAUGAGCUUCUCGAUAUGGGCGUUGUCCCUAUAGUCAAUGAGAACGACACGCUUGCCGUGGCUGAAAUCAAAUUUGGCGACAACGACACCCUUUCCGCCAUUACAGCCGCAAUGGCCCAUGCUGAUUUUCUGUUCUUGAUGACAGACGUGGAUUGUCUAUACGAUAAGAACCCGCGAACUUAUCCGGACGCUCAGCCAAUUCAGGUUAUCGAAGAUAUCGACUCCAUACAUGCAGAUGUCUCAAGCGCUGGCUCGGCAUUGGGUACCGGCGGGAUGGGCACCAAGAUAGUUGCCGCUAAGCUCGCAACAUCUGCCGGUGUGACCACCGUCAUUACGCGCUCUUCCAAGCCCGACAACAUUCACAAGAUAGUGCGAUACGUGCAGGCUUCAAAGGCCGGAGCCUCUACUCCAGACCACCACCAUGGCGAAGACCCACUAUCACAGUCCACCGCCUCGCUGGCCCUCGACGUCGAGGAACCCCCGCUGCACACGCGGUUUUUGCCCCUGGCCCAUCCGAUCAGGGAUCGUUAUUUCUGGCUGACUCACGGUCUGGCCCCACGCGGUACCAUAUACAUAGACGCAGGCGCGCGGCGCGCUCUCGCAGACAAGGCGGGACUCCUGCCCAUCGGCGUCGUGGACGUGGAGGGCCAGUUCAGCCAGCACGAAGCCGUGCGUCUCGUCGUGGUCGAGCGGCUUGCCAAACCGGGCCCCGACGGGAAGACGUGGGGAGGCGAGCCGCUGGAGAUCGGCAGGGCGCUGGUGAACUAUGCGAUGCCCGAGAUCGCACGGAUCAAGGGGGUCAGGAGCAGCAAGAUCGAGAGCCUUCUCGGCUAUGCCGAUAGUCAGUAUGUGGCGCACAGGGAUUACAUCAGCCUUUUCCGCACUGAGAGCCGGCCGGUCACUCCGACGCCUGACUUUGCGAGUUUGUCAGCCUACGAGCAGGGUCCUACGUUAUGAGAUAAAGAACGCUGUGAUUAAUGAAGUAUGCAGUUUAUGGUAGAAAGGAGGGAAGGGUCGGAGUAUUGGCAAACAAGAAGCACAAGAUUGACGAUUUGGCGCCAACCAAGUAUUCUAGAUGUGUGAAAAAUUUACAGCACACAUACUCUCAGUGAAGGUCAUGAUCAUCGUGUGAGAAUCACCAGCGACGGCUGUGACCUGGAGGUAUCCGUUCGAGCAGCAUGCUCUGCUAUAUAUCGUUCCACAGUUAAAGGGAACCUUAGCACAGGAAGUACUGUUCCCAGCUAACCCCGGAGAAAUUUCAUUCACGAGUACUUGAGAUGGAUAUAAUUAGACAAUCAGUCAACGGCAGGUUGUUCAUGUUUGGUGAAUAAUGAGGAAGUAUAAGCUCUCCACACAGCCAGACGCCGGUGAAUAUGCGCCGAAAGUUUGAGAGGAAUCGUUGAAAUGUUCACGAAUGUUCGUUCAU